UUAUUUGGUGGUGGAGGAUGUGCGGAGGAGGAAUGAGACUAAGACCGCGCUGAUGAAGAAUGGGGGUUUUUUCGUGGGAGAGCAUUGGGUGCAGCCCGGGAAGGUGUGGCCGAGUCCGGAUUUGACGAAGGUGUUGGUGGCGAGCGAUCGGGAGCAGAAUUGGAGGCAUAGCUUCACGGGGCUGUAUUGGAUCUUCGACGUCGCGAGCCAGACGGGCGAGCCGCUGGAUCCGGCGAAUCCCACGGCCCGGAUCCAGUUGGCGCAGUGGGCGCCGACGAGCCGCGCGGUGUCGUUCACGAGGGACAAUAACCUGUAUAUCCGGCCGAUUCGGAUGCAGGAGGCAUAUAAGAUCACGGAAGACGGGGGUCCGGAGACGUUCAACGGCGUCCCCGAUUGGGUCUAUGAAGAGGAGGUGUUCGCCGGCAACAGCGCGACCUGGUGGUCUGAAGAUGGCAAAUACAUCGCGUUCCUCCGCACCGACGAGUCCCAGGUUCCGACGUAUCCCAUCCAGUACUUCGUUUCGCGGCCGAGCGGCGAGCAGCCCGAGCCCGGGCUGGAGAACUACCCGGAGGUGCGCCACAUCAAGUAUCCGAAAGCGGGGGCGCCGAACCCGGUGGUCCAGCUGCGAUUCUUCAGCGUCACUGAGAAUCGCGUGUUCAACAUCGACGUGCCGGAUGACUUCGCCGACGACGAUCGGUUGAUCACCGAGGUCGUGUGGGCGGGGCGCAGUGGGAAGGUGCUGGUCCGCGAAACCAACCGGGAGAGCGACCUGCUGAAAGUGGUGCUCAUGGACGUCGACCGCCGGACGGGGAAGACGGUGCGGACGGAAGAUGUCAAUGCCUUGGAUGGCGGCUGGAUGGAAGUAUCGCAAGAGACGACGUUCAUCCCCGGUGAUCCGCGUAGAGGCCGGAACCACGACGGGUACAUCGACACCGUCAUCGUCGAUGGGUUCGAUCAUCUGGGCUAUUUCAGUCCCGUGGACAGCGCGGAACCGGUCCUGCUGACCAAAGGAGCAUGGGAAGUGGUCAAGGCCCCGUCGGCCAUCGACCUGAAAAACAACUUCAUCUAUUUCGUCGCCACUAAAGACGGCUCCAUCGAACGCCACGUCUACAAAGUCAAGCUCGACGGCACCGGCCUCGAGCCCCUGACUGACGUGAGCAAAGACGGAUACUACUCCGUUUCCUUCUCCUCCGGUGCCGGAUACGCCCUGCUCUCCUACGAUGGACCCGGCAUCCCGUGGCAGAAAGUGAUCAGCACGCCGAGCACCCACGAGCAGUUCGAUGCCACCAUCGAAGAAAACAAACAGCUCGCCACCUUCGCCGCGAAGCACGAGCUGCCCAUCUACAACUACCAGACCAUCACCAUCGACGGCGUCGAGCUCAACCUGUUGGAACGCCGCCCCCCGCACUUCAACGAGAAAAAGAAAUACCCUGUCCUCUUCUGGAUGUACCAAGGCCCCGGCUCGCAGACCGUCGACAAGAAAUUCAACGUCGACUUCCAAUCCUACGUCGCCUCCAACCUAGGCUACAUCGUCGUGACCCUCGACGGCCGCGGCACCGGGUACCUCGGCCGCGAUGUCCGCUGCGCCACGCGCGGGAAUAUCGGGUAUCUCGAGUCGUUCGACCAGAUCGCUGCGGCGAAGAUGUGGGCAAAGAAGAAAUACGUGGAUUCCGAGAAGAUGGCGAUCUGGGGAUGGUCGUACGGCGGGUUCAUGGCGCUCAAGACGCUGGAGCGCGACGCGGGAGAGACGUUUAAGUACGGGAUGGCGGUGGCGCCGGUGACGGACUGGCGGUAUUAUGAUAGUAUCUAUACCGAGCGGUACAUGCACACGCCACAGCACAAUCCGGGAGGGUACAUGAACGCGACCGUCGCGGACGUCGAUCGGCUAGGGAGAAAUGUGCGGUUUUUGAUCAUGCAUGGCGUGGCGGACGAUAAUGUGCACAUGCAGAGCACGUUGACGCUGCUGGAUCGGUUGGAUUUGAGGGGGGUGGAGAAUUAUGAUAUGCAUAUGUUUCCGGAUUCGAAUCAUGGGAUUUACUUCCAUAAUGCGAAUCGGAUUGUAUACGAUAAGCUGAAUAACUGGCUUAUCAAUGCGUUCAAUGGAGUGUGGUUAAAGACGGCAAACCCUACUCCGGUUGCACUCGAGGAGAAGAGGAAGGAAAGAAGGCAGCUACUCGAUCACGCACGGGCGGCGGGGGUUUUGGAUUGACAUGGAGACCCUCUGUUUGAUGGUUCAUAAAUGCUGCAUUGAAGGCGUUGGCAAGUCGCUUUAUAGCGCUGGAAAGGCGUUAAAGCCAAUAUUUAUCCUUGUACCCUGAAGGUACGGCCACUGGCCGUCUUGCGUUCCUUCUCUUCGUUCUCCGGUCGAGCGCGGCGAAGCACUGAGAUUUGUUAGCUUCGUGUGUAUAAGCGGACAAUGAGAGCAUACCUUGAAGGAAGUCGGCCGUUCUUCUUCUCAUCCGCGAGUGGAUGUAGGCUUUUGAUGCUUUGAUGUGGUAGUGGAAGUAGUCACG